AAAGCAUUAAAAUCAAUCAGAUUUGUGCUGCAAACUUUUACCUGUAAGCCUGACAAACUAGGUUCAAGUAGCUUAAGAUACAUUUCUUAAAUUAUACUCCAGCUUUCUAGUCUAGAUGCACUCAUUCUCUUUUCAGAGGCAUUUUUUUUACCAGCCGUUCUAAGUAUCCAUUCAGCAGCACUGCCUUAUCAAAGGCAAUCUGGAGGUGAGGUGUGAGGUAGAUGAUUUGUUCAACAGCAGCCUGCUGUGCUCUCCAGCCUCCAACUGGCACACUCCCAGCCGCUCUAGGAGAGGGCCCACAGGACCUGUCUGAUGGCUGAACAACUCAGCCAUCUGGUUUCCGUGUAGUUUCAGGGGAAAAAAAGGUAGGUUGCUGAAGGUAGGCUGCACAGGCUGAUGCCAGCUGGUGAUCUACAUCCAGCAGCUAUCAGCUCUUUCCUGUGUACUCCUGGGGAGCAAAGAAAAGCCUGGACAGGUGUGAGUCAGCACCCUGACUGAAUGUGAGCGUCUCCAGGAAAUGGCCACCUGCAGUACAUGUAAGGAUGUGUGCACUUGUGGAUGGAUGGCCUUUGCAUGCAGCUCUUUCUAUCUGACUGCUACGCCCCCAUCUUAUAAACAUGGGGCACUCAUUUAAACUUACUUAAACACAAAAUUAAAAAUAUUAUGCUAGCUAUUGCAGAGUGGUCCUGCCCGUGCCAAAAUUUGUUACAAAUCCAGCGUUGGCCCUAAAACAUCAAAGCUUGAGCCAAUCUUGUGCUAUUUUCUACUACAAUACAAUGGGGAAAAUAUAUCCACCAAAGGAAAAGAAUUCAUUUUCUGACACAGAGAAAUCGAAAAGCGUCAUUACUUGUUCUAGCCACUGAACAGGAUAGCACAUCUUUUUAAUGAAUGAAAGCAUCAGUCAGUUGUAGAAUGGGAGAAGAUAGUCUAGGAUACUACUUCUAAUAAAAUAAAGGUGAGUAGCAGCACAAACAACCCAAUGACAUGAAAAUGAAAUGUGUUAAUUUAACCAGACUACAGAGGUAUGAUCACAGUGGCAAAAGUUCCUCACAGAACAAUUAGAGGCCUUUUACAGCACUCUGAAAAGCCACUGUUGGGAGUAUAUUUUUGCAGCAGAAAUCCCCUUGAUUGUAAUGCCUUAGUUUUUCUAACCAGAUGCAUGCACUUGAAGAAGCUGCAUGACACAUUUCCAUGUAUUAAACUGUAUGCACAGCAAUUUAAAGGUGUUGCGUAGGACGUGUGGUUGUUGAGUGAUUCACCCAUUCCAAAUAUAAGAGAAUGCUUGGCUGUAGAGAGAUAAACUAGUUUUUAAAUGCAAUUUUACAAUUUGUUUGAGAUGGAGCAGGGUGUAAGAGCAUUAAUUCUUCAGGCAAUAAGAGCCCUGAAUGCGCAGGCACAGUUUUAGAAAGACUUGAGUUUAAAAGGAAAAAGGGAGGGAAGAGAGGAAGGUGAAUCUCCUUCGGAAAAUAAAGCAAAAUUAGUUCCUUUCUUUAGCAAGUUACCCGUGCAGAAAAGCUUAAGAUAGUGAGUUAGUAAGACAUUCUGUAUUGAUUUCUCAGGUUGUUUUAGUGUCUUAGUAAACCAGCUAUACUCAGAACUAGUCACUUUUUUAGUCACUAAGUGCAUGCUUGUCUUCUGCACUAUGGUACGUGGAAUGCUGUAUGAGUAAAGCUCAUUGCAGCUGAGCAUGUUUUUAACAGCAGUAUGUCAACACCCAAUAAUAUGAUUCAGUAAGUCUGUUGCAGGCCAUGCACCAAACCUGCUGCAAACGUCACAACGCGUGCUUGCAACUGACUCCUGCUCUGGUAGAUGGGUGCAGAUGAGGAAGCACGCUAGAUAAACAGAAAAGUAGUUCUGAACUGUCAGCAUUUGCAGACGCAUCACAAGUCUGACUUCUUGGUAGAUGUUUAAUUAAGAAUUGAUAACUUCUUUUCUAUAAAGGAGAAGAUAAGUGUUACAUUGCUAUCCUCGGCAGACAGCUGCUCUGCCAGCUGACCAUGCUCCUGAAGCACUGCUGGGCUAACGUAAUGGAGUGUGCAUCGAGCACUAGCUGUGUGACUUAACGUGUCUCACUCACUCAGUCCUUUUGUAAAACCUCUUGGCAGAAGCUUCAGCUGUACUUCUUCCUUCCCUCCACCUUGGGAGGAAUACACAGCUCUUUGCCUUUAAUUCUUUAGUUGAAACAGGAGAGGGCUCCAGCAGCCCGGUGCUUUAAUAGAGGCGGGUGCUGACACCUGUGAAAUCAGCAACGAGCGUUUACAGACAACAAACUAAAGCAGGACACAGUGAUGAGAACCAGGACAGCGAAGCGCACGUGCAAAGUAAAGAACGCGUAAAGCAGAGCGAGGGCUGCGUCAAUUCUCGGAGGAUUUGGGCUGCUGCUUCCAAUCUGCUCCUUGUGUUUGAGCAGCUUCACAGUUGAUGUAGCAACGAAUGCAUCACCCUGGUCUUUGCUUCAGGGCUGAAGAGAACGUGCUUUGAAACAUGGAUGUCUGCUGUCCUCAGGAAGCUGUACAGCAUCUCUCUGUCAGGCCAAGAACAUUAUCCAGAGUGCUUGCUGUGUUCUUUGUCCAGCCUGAGGAUCUGUUGGAAAGCCUGGAAGCUUCUGCCAUGUCUGGAUCAGUUUGAAAGAGACUAAUCCAGAAGACAGGAACAGCUCCUAGAGCCCACGCUUGUGCUUAAAGCUUUACCUACCCUGAUGCAUACAUGUGGAACCCUCCACAUUUCCAUUUUGGAAAGGUCUUCCAUGCUGAAUAUCAUACUGAUAACAAUGACAAAAUUACAUGUUUACCUCACACCAACGCUGUUGCUUAUUGCCUUUUUGCAAACGCCUGGGUGAGAAGCUGCGGUUGUGCAGAGUGCCCCCAGCUUCAGCUGCCUCCUUGGCUCGUUCUUGGCGCUCUUGUUGCACGGGGAAGGCAGGGAGAAAAAUAACUCGUCAACCUGUGGUGCCGACUGACCUACCCACCUGCAGGCGUCGGUCAAUUGGCGCAGCCCCCUGCUCAGGACUGCUGUCACCAGAUCCUUACGCUGGCAAGAGCAGCACUGCUAUUUCUCUGCCUAUGAACAGUUAAGUGCUUCUUCUGCAUGACCAUAACCAAAGGGUGACCCAUCCACUCCCUUAUGUCCUAUGGGGACCUCAGAACCAAUUUCUCAGUCUUCAUCUCCUCCUCCUCCUCUUACCACUGCUGCUGACGCCCUGGGUGCUGCUCCCAGGUUUGAAACAUUGUUGACAGGCUGAAGAAAGGAUUUGCAAAGACCUCCUCACUGUGUAAAGAGAGUGAUGGCUGGAAUUAGUUUCAACUCCCCAAACAAUGGUAUUAAACAAUAAUAAGAUUGCUAGGCCAAAGCAUUACCAGGAACAAAUUAUGAGGAAAGAGACUAUUUGCAUUUGCUCGCAGUGAUGAACUAAAAUCAUUUAUGGAGAGCAGGUACCCUUUGUUUUGCAUGUUUUUGUCUUCAUGGAUGUAGUCAUGAAUCUGAUCAGAUCAGUGGUAGAUAUGGGAAAUAAAUGAAAAUAAAAGGGCUUAGUGGAUGAAAGAAUAAAGCCUCUGCUGUUCCUUGGUCUAGUUUGAGAGUUUCAUCUUUUCUUAUUAACAAAACAAUAGGGGUUUUUUUUGUUUGUUUGUUUGUUUUCCCCUAAAACGUUUUAGACAGUAAGAAAAUGCAGAUCUGUGGUUUCCUAAAAGAUAGAUUCAGCAUUGCAACUAUGUUGCCCUGCUCUGUGUCCAGUGCACUGUCCUCCAAUGCAAAUGGCUUUAUACUUUCUAUGGUGAAAGUUAAGGUUGCACCGUAAAUAAAACAAAAGCUUUUGCACUAAACGACAAAAAAGCUGUUGCAAAAUGGAGGUUGCAAUGGUGAGUGCAGAUAGCUCUGGGUGCAACAGCCAUAUGCCCUAUGGAUAUGCGGUCCAAGCUCGGGCCAGAGAGAGAGAGAGGCUGGCACAAUCAAGAGCUGCAGCAGCUGCAGCUGUAGCAGCAGCUACUGCAGCAGUAGAAGGGGGGGCAACAGGUGGAGGUGGACCGUAUCACCACUAUCACCAGGAACAGAGUCGAGGUGCUUCUUCCUCACACGGUGGGAACGCAUCACGCAGCAGCCUGCCCAACCGCCACAGUGGUAAGAGAUGGAAGAAAGGCAAAAAGAGGAGCCACCACUUGGGAAGCAGGGAGUGUGGAGCCUCCUUCCCCUGUUCUGAGCUGCUUCCUCUCAGUGGUUCUGAAGAGAGAAUACUGAAGGACGUGAGUGAGGAGGAAGAGGAGGAUGAAGAUGAGGAUGAAGACGAUGAGGAAGAAGGAAAACUCUACUACAGUGCCGACUAUGGGGAGGAUGAGUUUUCGUACUCAGACCAGCCACCUGAUGAUGGUGGAGGCCCCGGGGGUUACAGCUCUGUUCGCUACAGUGAGUACGAGUGUUGUGAGCGUGUGGUGAUCAAUGUGUCAGGACUGCGGUUUGAGACACAACUGAAGACAUUGGCUCAGUUCCCGGAGACAUUGUUGGGUGAUCCAGCGAAGCGAGGCAGAUACUUUGACCCUCUCAGAAACGAAUACUUCUUUGAUAGGAACCGUCCCAGCUUUGAUGCCAUACUGUACUACUACCAGAGUGGUGGUCGGCUGAAGAGGCCAGUCAAUGUACCCUUUGACAUCUUCAGUGAGGAGGUGAAAUUCUACCAACUUGGGGAGGAAGCCAUGCUCAAGUUUAGGGAAGAUGAAGGGUUUGUCAAAGAGGAAGAGGACAAAGUUUUGCCGGAGAAUGAGUUUAAGAGGCAGGUCUGGCUACUGUUUGAGUACCCAGAGAGCUCCAGUCCAGCCAGGGGCAUUGCCAUUGUCUCUGUCUUAGUCAUCUUGAUCUCCAUCGUCAUCUUUUGUCUGGAGACUUUGCCGGAGUUCAGAGAUGACAAAGAAUUCAUAAUGUCCCUGAGCUCAGGGAAGGGUCUUUCCAAUGAGUCGCUUCACUUGGACGCUGGGGAGCACACCAUCUUCAAUGACCCUUUUUUCAUUGUAGAGACAGUAUGCAUCAUUUGGUUCUCCUUUGAGUUUACAGUGCGCUGCUUUGCAUGUCCAAGCAAAGCACAUUUCCUCAAGAACAUCAUGAACAUCAUAGACAUUGUCUCCAUCUUGCCUUAUUUCAUUACUCUGGGCACUGACUUGGCGCAGGAGCAAGGCAGUAAUGGUCAACAGGCCAUGUCUUUUGCCAUCCUGAGGAUCAUCCGUCUGGUCAGAGUGUUUCGCAUCUUCAAGCUUUCCAGGCACUCCAAGGGUUUGCAGAUCCUGGGUCACACACUCAGAGCAAGCAUGAGGGAACUCGGCCUCCUCAUUUUUUUCCUUUUUAUUGGAGUAAUUUUGUUUUCCAGUGCUGUUUACUUCGCAGAAGCUGAUGAGCCUGCCACCCAUUUUCAGAGCAUCCCAGAUGCUUUUUGGUGGGCCGUGGUGACCAUGACUACUGUUGGUUAUGGGGACAUGAAACCCAUAACUGUGGGUGGGAAAAUAGUUGGGUCCCUGUGUGCCAUCGCGGGAGUGUUAACCAUUGCUUUACCAGUGCCAGUGAUUGUCUCCAAUUUUAACUAUUUCUACCACAGAGAGACUGAGAAUGAAGAACAAACGCAGCUGAUGCAAAAUGCAGUCAGUUGCCCUUACCUCCCAACGAAUUUACUGAAGAAAUUUAGAAGCUCAUCAUCUUCAUCCACAGAGGAUAAAUCAGAGUAUUUGGAAAUGGAAGAAGGAGUUAAAGAAUCUCUUUGUGUAAAGGAGAAAAAAAGUCAGGACACGGGGAAUAGCAGCGAGUCAGAGAAAAAAAACUGUGUAAAUUCAAAUUCUGUGGAAACUGAUGUGUAAUUUCCAAAUAUAUUUAUUUUAUGUUUCCAAAUAUAUUUAUGCAUUAAAGAGUGCAGUGGAAAUAAUGAAAUAUGCAAAUGAGUCCGCAGCAUACAGUAGUAUGCCAUUUAAUGGUUAAAUACAAAUAAAAAAACAUUGUUAAACUUGUAUAACAUAUCAAGUAAGUGGUAGAACUUGAGGAAGGGGUUGCUAGAUCUGAUAUAACUUCAGACUGUGGUUUUUUUUUUAGAAUGCAAGUGUUUUGCACAUGAGGCUGAAAAAUUUAUUAAAACCAAGUCAGUUUUAAAGUGAGUGCAUGAACUGUCGACAUCACUAAUAACAGCUCUGUGGUAAAAGUUGGCAUUCAGAGGUAUUUACUAUGUAAGAAGCAAUGAACUUUGGAAGUCAUUUAUCUAUUUAUCAGUGCUUUAAUAGCAGCUACCAUAAAUCAUUGGAUACCAUAGUCUUGUUUUUCAAAUGGUAAAUUUAUUGUAUAAAGGUAUUCUACAGAAGAUAGAUCUAAUUUUUUUUUUUUUCUUGGAAUCUAUAAUGCUUGUUUUUAACUGGAAGUUUACUUUGAGAAGGCUGCUGAACCUCCAGAAAUGAUUUAUUUUUAUAACUCUCUUUGGAGGCGUUGCAGCAUUUGUUGUCUAAUAACGAAAGUAAUGAAAUAAGAGAAUUGUUUAGCCUGGUCUGACUGCAAAGGCAAAAUGACUGGAAUGCUUUUUUGCACUACUUUAUAUGCUGGAGUUAUAUUGAAAGAGACUUCAUACUGUGAAUGUUUACUAAUGUAAUAGUUCAAUGACAAUCAUUGGAAGAGUGAAUUCUGCAUCAUAUUUUAUUGCCUGUUUUGUUUUGUUUUGUUUCAUUUUGUUUUUCCUUUAUGUGAUGCUGAUGGCAAAACAGCUUACAUUACAUCAAUUCCGUACUCUUUUAAUUAUGACUAUAUCUGUGAUCUGGAAAAGGAUUGUGAAGUAAAAUUUUAUAAUCAAAAUUAUUUGAAAUUAGUGUUUUCUAGUGAUACUCUCAACUAAUAUGAACUUAAUGUAUAUAUUUUUUCCAGGUUAAUUUAACAUUGAGAGUUAAUGUUUAAUACAUGCACUUUGUCAGUAUCGAAGUAAUUCAAUGUAAGGGAGAAGAGGUAAAAGUAAUAAGAUACUCGGUUGUUACAGAACUAACAAUUCAAAAUUACUAACAGUUAACCUGUUAUUGGUGCUACAUUUUUUCCCUUAGUUCCAGCUUCCAAGUUGGAAGCAAAAUUUAGAAUCCAAAGCAGGCAUUUUGGGAUUCAAAAUGAUUGUGUUGGGUCCAAUGUAGUCCUUGGGAAAACAUUCCAUGAUUUCUUUUCACUGAUUCUUAGACCAGCUGUAUCUUUGUGUCAAAAAUUUCCACUGCCCCUUCUAGGAGAUUAAGGUAGGUAAAGAUUACCUGACUUACAGAGCAUUCCAGACACCAGAAUUAAAUAGGUAAGAUAUUCCUGCAUUUAACACAAAUAAUAGAAUUAGAACAGGUGUUUUUUUCAGAAUCAUGAUUACCUAGGGUGGUAAUUGGAGCUGUUUUUGGGAAGGCACUGUGGAACAUUCCCAAUUAUAGAACUUGAACCAACUUGGCAUAUGCACUUUAGGGACAUUGUGAGAGAAAAGAGUGCUUACAAACACUAUUGAGUUGCAGUAGUUUUCUGAUAUUCCUUUAAAGCUGAGGAGGGAGUUUGCUGGAAAGAACCAGUUAGUGACUUACGGUUCUGGUGCUGAAAAGCAAAAAUAAAACAUGUCCAAAUUGGGUAGCUGUGAUGGUGUGCAUCAUCUACCAGAUAGGCAUUGUUUGCUGUGUGCAGCAUCCAGUGAUACAGAACAGAGCCAUAGCCAAAGGAUUUUACUUACUGAUUGAUUGUUGGCCUUCAUGGAUUUUCUGUGAAUCAUAUUUUGGAAAACUUUAUCUGCUAGUCUCCUAUUGUACUGCAGAAAUCAUAGCAAAAAAAAAAAAAAAAAAAAGGCUCAGAAAAGACUGCAUUGUACUGAGCCCUGAUUUAAAACUUGUAUGUGAAUGUCCAAUUCGUAAUUUUAAAUUGUAGAGAAGGCUUCACUCUAUUUCUGAUGUGAGGCAUUAAACAAGGCCUCUUUUUAAUACGAUGGUAUGAAUUUCAAUCAUGUUCUGGAUCAAACACUUCAGUUGUUUCAUGUACAGGUGUUUGUCAGAAUUAAAUAUUGCAUUUAUUUCAUGGCUCACCUGGGUAAAUGAACUAAAUGCUUUUUUCCAAUGAGGGCAACAUCAGCGACAAGGGUGAGCGUUCUGUGAAGUCCAGCAAACAUCUGUAAGUUAGAGUGUUUCUUCAACAGCUUUAACUGUUAAUAAGGUAAAGAACAUAAGGGUUCAAUUGUAUGCUAGUUUGCUAGUGGUUCUGUGUAGUACCAGCAACCAGAGAAGGACCAUAGCAAGAAUGCAGAAAUAAAGGAAAUAAUAACUAGGCAAAUAAAGAACUUAGAAAAAUAAUGAGUAUGUAUUUUCAGUAUUGAUGGGCUGAAAGGAAAGAUGGUUAAUAAGAGGGGGAAUUUGUUUUAUGUCUAAUAGAAAUAAGAAAGAAAGCUUUUUGAAUAACUCCUAGAAUAUGUUCACUCAGAGGAGGUGGAGCUCAGCAUGAGGUAUCUGCGUGAGUAGUUACCCAGCUUCUCCAGCAAGCUGUGCAGGUAUUGUGCUACCAGUACACAAUCUUAUAAUUUAAAACAAGCAUGGUGUGGCCUGCAUUAUGCUAUGAUCACAGCAAUACCUUAAUCUCUGAAAGAAAAUUCUUGCUGGAGGAUGUUUUAGCAGAGCAGCAUUCUGGGUGUGUCAGCACUGCGUACUGCGGUACUGCGGAGACCAGUCCUAAUACCAGUGGAGCCUGCUCUGCCUCCUGCAACGUAUGAGCCUCUGUACUUGUAACUGUCAUUAUAAAUAAGAGCUAGCAUUGCCUAAUAUUAGAUUGUACUAUCAGUUUGGCAGACCAUUCUGAAUCACAGAAAGGACUGUGCAUUUCAGAAUGGAAGCAAAUGCCUUCACUUGGGCUGGCUUUUAGUUUGAUUAUUCAUCUGUUCAUUAGUCUACGUUCUUAAAACACAGCUUGAAAAAGCCAAAGUCCUACCCCUACCAUGCUAAAACCCAAAGAUCCCAAGUGCUUAAUAAGGAACCAGAAUUUCCCUUGAGGAUCACUUAGAUGGAAAUUUGUGCCAGAGAAACCCUGUGUUUGAGCUGUUUCUGCUCCAGAAUGCAAUUGCUCCUUGCCCGAGUUUUUACAGUGAUACUGGAUACCAACAACUAUCAGAAAAACAAUUUUGUAAUCACUUGGGCAUUUUGCAUUUUAAAUUAUAAUGGUGAAAUGCAUUCCUGAUGUAACUGACGUGAAUGGAGUUACACUAGGGAACAUUUUAGUUCUGAUAAUGUAGUUCAAAUGAUUUCACGUUGACAUACAUUUUAGCUAAAAAUAAUGCAAAAUGAGACUCUGAUAUUUUAUGCUCACUUGCAGCGGUGAAAAAAUUUGGAGGAGGCUCCACUGGAGUUCAUGAAAUCACAGCAGCAUCCAAUCAGAUUUCUGAUACUGAUACUUAAUUAUCUACUGGCCCUUAAUUAAAAUAUAUAUAUAUAUGUAUCUACAUAAAUCUUUUUAUAGCAGUCUUAAGUGCCAAGGCAAGGCUCUGAAGUAGUGUUUUGCCAGCUGAAGAAUGAAAUUAAAGGCAUGAUGUCAGAGAUAGGCUGUUUGGUUUUUUUCCCUUUAUUACAGUGAUCAAGUUUUCAGAUACUGCAUUGUUUACUUGAAAACUUCAACCUAGCUACUGAAAUUUGUAUUGAAACAAGUGUUGUGUCACCCUGCUAGGCAGUUCUUUUUAUAGUCUGGCUAAGCUUUCUCGGAUUGAUUCAAGAGGCCAGUUCUGUUUGCUGGAGAGUGUAGUUUUUGGGUUUUCAUAUUUGAAAGAGAUUCUUCUGCUUACAUAAAUUUGUUGUGCACAGCCUGUUUCUGUGACAUCUGUGCAGUGUGGAAUCAUUUGGAGAGGGAAUGCUACCGUGAUUUGCAUCUAACUCAUGACAAUGGAGUUCUUGGUGUCUAUAGAUACUAAUGGGUGUUAUGAACUUCUGAUAUUGAGAUUUGAAUGUCUUACCAACCAGCAAAACUAUUCAAGGAGCUUUAGAGCAGGAAAAUGGUUAUUUAUUUUUUUAGCAUAAUAUUAGUAUUCAAAGAACUUGGAUCAGGUCAUAAUAUUAAAUAAAUGAUUACUGUCUUGUACCUCCUGAUGUGAAAAGUUCCUGUCAAGUGUAUUGUUAGGUCAUGAAAGUCACUUGGCUUAGGCUAUGGGAAAUCAUUGUUAAGCUGCCCAAGAAUAUGAAGUACUAACUCUUCAUAUUUGGAUAAAUGUAGGUUAAAUGCACUGUGGAGAUAUAGCAAAAAAUGUUAGAAAGCCAAUUCUAUGCCUAAGUAAUUAGUGAAAGUGUGUCUUUCUGGUGACACUAAACUCCUAAAACUAAUUCUGAGCAUACAUGACUUUUAGCAUAAGCUUUACAGAGGUAAUUGAUAGUCCUCAAAUUAAAUGUGAACUAUUCAUGGUGCUUGAGAUUAUGUAACUAGCUUCUUCUAGGUAUUUCUUACCAAUUCUUUAUUACUUCUCCUGCCAUGUUGUCUGGUUAUGAAUAUGGGCCUGUUUGUUUGUUUGUUUUAAUUGGCAUGAGACAAUAACAAAUACAAGCAAGGUUACGCACACACACACACAUAUAUAAUAUCCAACAUAUAUAUUACAUUUUUUAAUUAUCAUAAAAUAAACCUAAGUGACAGCAUGUAACAUUUUUAAUCAUUGGAGAGGGUUGGCCUUUUCCUGUUGCUAUAACUUAAUGACGAAGUGUAUCUGAUUUUGUAGGGAAUAAGUCUCUAAUUUGGUGGCUUACUGUAUUUAUGCACCUCUGUUGGAAAAAAAAGGCUUGUAGAAAAGUUGGCAAUUUUUUUGAAAUGAAUUUUCUUUCAUUUCCACAGAGAUCAUCCUAUGUGGAAAAAACUGUUGACAUUAAUGCUGGGUUAAAAGUGCAUAAAUAUUUUGUACUUGGCAACCAGGUACGAACAUGAACCAUUACAUAUUGCUACCAUGCUUUCUGUGUUCAGAGCUCUGAUGACAUGAAUUCUGAAAGAAAAGUCAUUAAACCAUUAUGUUCUGAAACAGUUGAAUUUCUAUUUUUAAUCCUUUUCUGUAGAAUUAUAAUGUUUCUUGAGACCUUUUUCUGUAACAGGUGCUCUGGAAAAUAAAUACGUAAGGGUAAAAGAAAGAAAGAAGAGAAAUCUUAAAUUACAUGUCAAAAACUGUAACAUAUUCUGUUAGAGGGAAAAGCGGUAAGUAAAAACUUCAUUUUGUUAUAUAUUCACUUAUGCAUGUGUGGUAUUGCCAUUGAAAACAAAUCAGCAAUUGGGUUGAAACUGCAAUUGCAAGAGAGGUAC